GGCUGGACCUCAGCCUCUCCCCGCCUGGGGCCGCGGCCGCACCGGGGGUGGCUUCGCAUCUCCAAAAGGGGCCCUCCGACUCUUCGCUGGGCCAGUCCGGCGCUGGGUCGUGGAACCCCGCGCAACUCCCGCUGGUUUUUGAAGGGAUCUCUCCUCCAGAGUUUCGAGCAACUUUCCCCUCUGCCUGGCGCGGCGGUGGCUCGGGGACCGUGGCCGCCGCAGGUAGCUGAACCCCGAGCCACGCUCCCCGAGCCUCGGCUGCGCGGGCGCUUAGGUCGCUCCGGGUCUCAGUGCACGCUGGGGAUCCCCGAGCUCUGUUCUGCGGGCGAGAUGCCCCUGGGACACAUCAUGAGGCUGGACCUGGAGAAGAUCGCACUGGAGUACAUCGUGCCCUGUCUGCACGAGGUCGGCUUCUGUUACCUGGACAACUUCCUGGGCGAAGUGGUGGGCGACUGCGUCUUGGAGCGCGUCAAGCAGCUGCACUGCAACGGGGCCCUGCGGGACGGCCAGUUGGCGGGGCCCCGCGCCGGCGUCUCCAAGCGGCACCUGCGGGGAGACCAAAUCACGUGGAUCGGGGGCAAUGAGGAGGGCUGCGAGGCCAUCAGCUUCCUCCUGUCCCUCAUUGACAGGCUUGUCCUGUACUGCGGGAGCCGGCUGGGCAAAUACUACGUCAAGGAAAGGUCCAAGGCAAUGGUGGCUUGCUACCCAGGAAAUGGAACGGGUUAUGUUCGACACGUAGACAACCCCAACGGUGACGGUCGCUGCAUCACCUGUAUCUACUAUCUGAACAAGAAUUGGGACGCCAAGCUACACGGUGGGGUCCUGCGGAUAUUUCCAGAAGGGAAAUCAUUCAUAGCGGAUGUGGAGCCCAUUUUUGACAGACUCUUGUUCUUCUGGUCAGACCGCAGGAACCCACAUGAAGUCCAGCCUUCCUAUGCGACCAGAUACGCUAUGACUGUAUGGUACUUUGAUGCUGAAGAAAGGGCAGAAGCCAAAAAGAAAUUCAGGAAUUUAACCAGGAAAACUGAAUCGGCCCUCACCGAAGACUGACUGUGCUCUGAAAUCCACUGGCCUCAUUCAUUUUAGUAAUGGUUCCCGAAUUCUCUUUAAGAGUUGAGAUCCAAAGAAGGCCUCUUCGGUGACUCAGUGACAAGAAAUCCCCCUCCUGCUUGCAUCAUUCACAUCCCUGUCUGACGUAUGGUACUUUGUGUUUUCUUGCCGAGAUGGCAUCCACCUUCAGACACUCUCCUUGCAAGAUGAACUCAUUUGCUAACGCCAGAAAUGCCUGCAGACGACCUAGCUGGCCAGCGGUUUAACUGAUAGAUUUGGUAAUAACUAGCUAUCAAAACAAGAUCAUGGAAGCAUGGGCAAGGGAGUGAAUCUUACUUGCACUUUAUGUACACUUCCUGAUUUGAAAGGAGGAGGUUUGCCAAGAAAAAGCAACGGUGACAGAUGCCACAGAGAGGCAUCAUUGAAGCCUUAACAGCAGGAAGCAGAAAUUUGUGUCAUCAGAACAAUUUCCAGAUGUUCUUAAUCCAGGGCUUUUGGGGUUUCUGGAGAAUUAUCACAAUCUAAUGACAUUAUUACCUCUAGAAAGGGCUGCUGUCAUAGUCAUCAAUUUGUAAGUAUCCUGUGGGUGGACAUUCUUUUUUUCCUGGUCCUGCAACCUGGACUUUUCUGCCUCUGCCCCAUUUUUCUGACAUUAGGACUUUCUGAUCAAAGAUGAUACACCAUUUAUUUUUUAUUUUCACUUCUUACGUGGAGGACCUAAUUCCCCAGAGGCAAAAACCAGGCAUAAAUUGUUCGGGUUACUUUGUUGAAGUGGAUUUUGAAUUUACAUCAAAGGGGAAAAGAACCUACCUGGAAGGUAGUUCGGAGACCACAACCUCUAAAAACGGUAUCAAAAGACGUGCGUCUGCCGAUACACAAUAAUCCUCAAGUAUGCAUCGUGAACAAUUUGAGAAUGGCAAUGGUGUUAGAAAUGUAGGCCUUCCCAUGUUUCAGUUUUCCUUUUUAAUGAGCUCACCCUUCUUCUUUAACAGAAUGAGAAAAUAACAAAAAAUGGGCAUUGUAUUUUAAAAUUGAAAUGGAAAUAAAACAAAAAAAUCCUGAAAAGCUAUUUGAGUUUGUCCACAUUUUCUGUUCCUAGUAGCCUUUCUUCAACAGAAUUGACUCUUCAGAUCCACUGUGGUUGGCGGUAUGUCCAGAAUCAUGGAAUUUGCUAGAAAUGUGGAAGAUUCCACUACAGCAGAGCCACAGAUUCUACCGUCUCAAGAACCCUGUAUUGUACACCUAUUUUACGAAAGUUACUCUUCCUGGUUUUCAAUUCCAUUUUCAUAUUUUAAAAUCCCUUUCGUUUCUUGCUUGCAAAUCUCAUGAACAUUAAAGAGCCAGAAAUAUCUUCUUUUGUCAUUUACAGAUAUAUACACUUUCCAAGAAAGAAGCUUAUUUUUUUUUUUUUCCGUUUCUGGUUUUGGAAAAUUUCCAGAUAAGGCUUGUCUUCAUUCUCACAACUGCUCUAUUUUUUUUUCAUAGUACUUAUCAUCUUCUAACUUACUAUGUAAUUUACUUAUUUAUUAUGUUUACUGUCUUAUAUCUUUUCUCUAGGGUGUAAGCACAAUGAAGACAGGGAUUUUUGUAUGUUUUUAAUCAAUGGAAUGUAUUCCCAGAACCUAAAAUAGUGCCUGACACAUUAAGGGCUCAGUAAAUACUUGUUGAAUAAACUUGGUCUCCUACUUUAGUGUCUUAAUGGUUUGAUUUAUUUCCUCCACCUUUGGCAGAAAGGGCUCGCUGGAGUUUUUUUGUGCAUAUCUUUCUCUCGUUGACCUACAAAUCGAGGCUAAGAGUUUUAGAAAGCUUUGGUCAUAGUGUCAUUCUAUAUUUGUUUACCUGUUGGAAUAGGUCGUUGAACACUCUGAAUCUGAAAAUUGAACAAAGAAGAAUUCUGCCCUUUAAUAGCCUGGGACUAUGGGAGUAACAUAAGAAUAACUUCAGGGGCGCCUGGGUGGCUCAGUCGGUUAAGCGUCCGAGUUUGACUCAGGUCACGAUCUUGCGGUCCGUGAAUUCGAGCCCCGCGUUGGACUCUGGGCUGAUGGCUCAGAGCCUGGAGCCUGCUUCGGAUUCCAUGUCUCCCUCUCUCUCUGCCCUUCCCCCAUUCAUGCUCUGUCUCUCUCUGUCUCAAAAAUAAAUAAACGUUAAAAAAAAAUUAAAAAUAAUAACUUCAGAUAGGACAGGGUGCAUCCUUCAACACUUCUGGUGAAAUACAUCAGUAGGAGAAAAGAAAGAACAUCAUCUGCUAGGAAUUUUAUAUUCUAUAAAAUUGUAACUUUUUUCCAUGGUUGCUAAUGUCAUGAGGAUGCUAGUGACAAGAUUCUGAAGGAAUAUCCUGUCAUUCCAAUAGUAUGUCUUGUAUCUUUCAUUUUAGUCAAUAUUUUGACUUGCCAGAAGAUCUGACCCCUUAGGCCUUGCUUAUUUCCUUCAGGCAAAGGUCCUAUAAACUAAUAAACUAUAAAUGAAAUCAAUUUUUAAUGCACUGAUUUUUUUCGUGGUUGAAUUUGAGCCCUGGAAGAUUUAACCUGGAAAAUAAAACUUUAAUAGGGUCUGCUUUUUGCUCCUGUCUUUGACAGCCCACUUAGGGGAAGACUUAACCCUGCUGAAGAAACAUUAUUUGGCAAAUAAUUUGAUCAAUUUCCUUUAUAUUCCUGGCAAUGAAAUGUUAAGAGCCUACCUCAGUGUUACGUCACCUAUAUAGUACAGAGCCCUUGGCAGGAGAUUAAAUUUUGAACCAAAGAUCUGACUUCAUGGAAAUAAAAAGUCUUACCUAAGUGCAUUAAAUAGAUCUUUAGUAGAGUAGUUAAUACCAAUUAAAUGCUAGGCUGUCCGAAUCAUGAAUUAUCCACUCAGACAUGAUUUUGUUUUUCUUCUUUAAAUAACUCCGGUUUUUUAGAGGUUGGGUCAUCCUACUUUCUUUCUGUCAUUCAGUCCUGAAAUUUCCUGUGUUUUAGAAAGCCAUGAUGGGAAAUGCCAUGCUGGGUCAGCAGUUUGUAUGAAAUAGGAGUUUGGACAUGUCAGGUGCUUUUCUAUUUGAUUAACUAUGAGGACUGGCCCAAAGGAUGUUCUUGGUCAAGUUAUUUUAAAUAAAAAUCAUCCCAGAUCGA